GGCCACUGACCGGCGUAAUGCCAGCGCGAGAAAGUGCCACGACUCCACACAGACAUCGGCUGACUCCUCAAGCUGGGGAUAAGAUUUUUUUUUUGUUUUUUUGCUGGCGUGGUAAGGCAGUUGGAUUCGAGAUAUUCUCCUCUCUAUCAACUCUUCCUGAAGUGAUUCAUCAAACGGAAAUCUGCCGCGAGAAAAGUAAGGACACUUGCAGUCAUGGACAUCUAUGAUCCUCAAACUCUUGGAAUUGUGGUGUUUGGUGGCUUCAUGGUGUUCUCAGCCAUUGGGAUUGCUUUGGUCUCAACAUUUUCCAUGAAAGAGACGUCAUAUGAAGAGGCUUUAGCCAAACAGCGCAAGGAGCAAGGGAAGACCCAAUCCAGCCAAAAAUCAGACAAGAAGAAAAAGGACAAGGUAGCUGAGAAGAAAAAUCGUAGUAAGAAAAAGGAAGAUAAACCUAAUGGGAAACUCCUGGAAUCAGAGUCCACUGCUGAGGUUUCUGAAGUAGCAAAUGAGCCUAGUCCUCCCAUUCCUUUAGCCCCAGAACAAGUUGCUGUGCCAGCACCCAAACAAGAGGCUUCAAUUCAGAAAUCUGUCCAACCCACCUCUUCUCAGAAGACCACUUCACCUGCCCUGGCUCAGAAAUCAGUCCCAGCUGUCCAAGCUCAGAAGUCAGCUCCACCUGCCCCGGCCCAAAAGGCUGCUCCACCUGCCCCAGCCCAAAAGUCUGCUCCACCUGCUUCGGCCCAAAAAUCUGCUCCAGCACCUCCCACUCAAAAAACCUCUCCAGCAUCUCCAAACCAGAAAUCCUCUCCAGCGCCUCCCACCCAAAAAACAUCUCCAAAUCCUUCUGGCAAAAAAUCUGCUUCACCUCCUCCUGCCCAGAAACCUGCUUCACCUGCCCCAGCCUCAAAGUCAGCUCCAGCUGCCCCUGCCCAGAAGUCCACUACAGUUGCUCCAUCCCAAAAGUCUGCUUCAGAAGCUCCAGCCCAGAAGGCCACUCCACCUGCCCCAGCCCAGAAAGCUGCUACAACUGCCCCAGCCCAGAAAGCUGCUCCACCUGCCCAAGCUCAGAAAGCCACGUCAUCUUCCUCAUCCCAAAAACCCACUCCACCUGCUCCAGUCCAAAAAUCUGCUCAGCCGGCCCCUACAGAAAAAUCUGCCAAAGCCCAAAAAGCUGCUUCAACUGCCCCAGCACAGAAAUCAUCUCCACCUGCCCCACCCCAAAAACCUGCUUCAAAUCCUCAGCCCCAGAAAGGCACUCCACUCGCCGCAUCCCAGAAAUCAGAAACACCCACAGAAAAAUCUGUCAAAGCACAAAAAGCUGCUCCACCUGCCCCAGCUCAGAAAUCCUCUCCACCUGACAGAAAACCCAGCCCAUCUGCCCCGGCUUCUUCACAAAAUUCUACUUCAGGUAUUACCCCUGCUCCACCCUGUCCUACCGUUGAAGAUGCCCCACCUGCUCCAUCUCCUAAGGGUAAGAGAAAGAAGAAAAGCAAAGCAGAGUCUGCUUCUGCUGAGGUUCAGCCCAAAUCAGUUGCUCCAUUGGAGGUGGUGACUAAAAAAGUUCCCGUCAUGGCAGUGCCUCCGGUGGGCACUCAGAAAGCUGCAGCAGUGACUGCUGUGCCAGUGAAGGCAGAAGAGUCUAAACAGGAUGCUCCACCCAAGAAGAAAUCAGGAUCCAAGAAAAAGGCUGAGCCAGCGGUGGCUGCAGACCCUGCAGACAGUCCACUGUAUCUGCCCUACAAAGCCCUGCUUUCCACAGUGAGGAGUAUGGUGUUCAGUGAAGGAGAAGCUCAGCAGCUUAUUCAGAUUCUGUCUGAUAAGGCUGGUAUUAUUCAGGACACAUGGCAAAAGGCCACACAGAAGGGAGAUCCGGUAGUUUUGCUGAAGAAACAGCUGGAGGAACGAGACAAGCAGCUGGCAGCUGAGCAGGAGGAUGCAGCAGCUGCUAAAGGACGACUAAGAGAUUUGAAUAAAGAGCUGUCUGUGGAGAAGUCUAAGGUGGCGUCAAUAGAGACCAGGCUAAGCUCUCAGUUGAGCAAGCGAGAGCAGGACAUCAUCGCACUGCAAGCACGCAUGCAGGCCAGUUACCAAGACCACCUAGCCGAGUCUCAGCAGCUCAAUGCUAAACUUUUGGCUCUCCAGGACCAGCUGGAGAAAGGCCCUAAUGCUCAGCUGGCCCGUCUACAGCAGGAGAACUCCAUUCUCAGAGAUGCGCUUAACCAAGCUACCAGUCAGACCGAGAGCAAACAAAAUGCUGAAUUGGCCAAACUGCGUCAGGACUGCGUUCGGCUGAAUAAAGAACUGGCGGAGAAGAACGAUGCAUUGCAGGCUGACGAGCAACUAAGGAAAAAUCUAGAAACCAAAGCCGCCAGCGUUGAAAAACAACUAAACCAGAUGCAGGCGAGCAGGGCGAAUGCUGAACAAGCUCUGCAGAAGCGUCUGGAGGAAGUGAGUGAGGAGCUCAGACAGACCCAGAGCAACAGAAACAACCUUCAGGCACAACUUGAACAAGCUCAGAAAGAUGCUGCUGCUCUUGCAGAGGCUAAAGCUCGUGUGGCCAGUGUGGAGGUGGAAAUGAAAGAGCGGACUGGACAUUUGGAGAGUCUGCAGAGCCAGCUGAAACAGACGCAGACAGAGAGAGAGCAGCAGCUGAAAGAACAAAAUGACAUAUCAGAGACUGUGACAGCUGAACUGGAGCAGGCAAGAAAGAGCCUGAAGGAGAAGGAAAUUGCAGUUUCAACACUUGAGGAAGAGCUGACUCAACUCAAAAACACCAUCUCCAAUCAGGUGAAUCAGGUGGAUAGCACAACAGAUGUGCAGCAUUUACAGCAAAGCAUAAAAGAAAAGGAUACCCAAAUAGCAGCUCUUCAGGGAGAACUACAACAGGCUAAAGAGAAAAGUUCAGACCUAAACAAACUUGAAAACCAAGAAAUGCUGGAACAAUUACAAAAGAGUUUGAAAGAAAAGGAGUCUCGUGAGAAGUUGUUUGAAGAACAGAUAAGGCAAUGUAAGGAACAGUGUAGCACUAAACUGGCAGACAGCACAGCCCAACUAGAUUCACUACAUAAAAGAAUAUCUGAAAAAGAGAGCUUGAUGACAACACUACAACAGGAAGUACAGCAGCUCAAGGAACUAAACCAGUCACAAAGCAAGAGUUUUGAGAGUUUGGAGGAUAUGCUGAAGUCUUUCCAGGGCGAAACUAAAGAAGUUCUUCACUCUCUUUUCCCACACAUCAAUAUAGAGACAGCAAAGACCAAAUGGCUGCAGGACUUUGCUGUAAAAGCACAAGAGCUUUUAAAUCAGAAGCAACAAAGCCAAGAAUCUCAGCAAAGCACAGAGAUAGUGGAGAUGAUGGGUAAGCUACAGGCAGCCCAGGAGAGUCAAUGCACAUUACAGUCUGAGUGUGAACAGUACAGGAUCGUUCUGGCGGAAACGGAGGGGAUGCUGAAAACACUUCAGAAGAGUGUAGAGGAGGAGGAGAGUGUGUGGAGGACAAAGAUUUCAGAAUCUGAGGACAAACUGAGGAUGGCACUCAAAAAAGUGCAAGAAUUAGAAGAGACUGCAGAGCGCUUGAGAGCAGAGAGCCAAGGCAACCAACAGCUGCAGGAGCAAGUGAAGCUGCUGGAGGCUCAGUUGGAGGAACAGCUGCAGUCAGCUUCCACUGACAGUCAGAGUCAAUCUGAAGAGAUGGCACACUUGAAGCAGGCUUUAGCUGAUACAGAAAGCCAGUUGAAUUCGGCCCAGAAGGAGGCACAGACACAGAGAGAGGAACUUUUACAGGUCAAGCAGCAACUCAACGACGUGACAAAACGAGCUCAGGGAGUGGCGGAGAACGGGCAGCCUGAGGCAGAGGAGUGUCAGGUCCAGGAUCAGCUUGAACAGACAUUAGAAAAACUGCAGGGUGAACAGGCUCUAAACCAGCAGCUCUCUGCAGAAGUGGAGCAGGCUCAGGAAACCCUCAAAAUUCAUCUCCAGAGCCAUCUAGAACAGAUGAAAUCAGCUGAAGACACUGCAGCCAUGGGAGAUGUUGUUCAGCUGAAGGAGUGUCUUGAGAAAGAGCGAAAGAUGACCAAAGAUUUAGGCCAGGCAGCCACUAAACUUCAGCAGCUGCUGAGAAACAGUCAGGACCAACUUGCCAAAGAGAAGGAGAAAGUCAGAAGCCUGCACGAUCAGUUGCAAAACAAGGAAGGAGAUGGAGAGCUGAAGCAAGGCACUUCUGUUUGAGGUGGAAAGCAAAACAUUUAGCCAAAAAUUGCCUUACAAUGACCAAAAUGAAGCAUUCCGAUGUUUUUUUUUUAUUAUUAUUAUUUUUUGUCGUACUGUAGUCAUGGGAGAAAUUGUAUGAAGACCAAUGGAGAAACCUAACUUGUGCAAAUGUUUUUAUGGAGAUGCGCUGGAACCAUUUUCACUUUACAUUCCACCUAAAACCUUCUGGCUAUGUCAGAAACAAUGCCUUAUAUAUAUCCUUCGUGUUCCUGCAUUUCUCCUGAUGUCAGUGUUAAAAGGGAAACCGUAUGUACGUUAUGCGUACAUCAACUAGUGCAAUUAAUUACUUGGAAGUAAAUGAGUAUGGAUAAUUGUAUGGUACAUGGAUUCAGCAUUUGGAAUGGCCUCUCUGUAGCUGGCUUCAACACCACUGUAUAAGUUUGAUAAUAAAUAAUAAACAGCAACAUA